UCAUCUAUCAUCACUUAAAGUAUUUUGAAAUGAAAACUAUGAAAGAAUUUACAUGUGAAGAACUUGAAGAAGCAACUCAUAACUAUUCAAAGUCACAUCUCAUAGGCAAAGGAAGUCAUGGAUGCAUUUAUAAAGCCACUCUUAAAAAUGGCCAAAUUGUUGCUAUCAAGACACCAUCUCUUGGCCUUUGCAAGCUGCAAGACACUUCCAAGAUUGAAAAUGAAUUUCGUAUCUUGUCGUCUAUCUGUCCAAACCAGUUCCUAGUUAAUCUGCUUGGAACGAGUCAUAACUCGGUUGGUCAUAGAGUUCUUGUGAUCGAGCACAUGCCUGGUGGCAUGCUUCACGAAAAACUUCAUCUGGCCUUGCCUGACUCGUCUCCACCAUCAUGGCGUAAACGUGUAAAAUUGGCAAUCCAAAUAGCUCGUGCGGUGCAGUUUCUCCAUGAGUCAAAGCCCUUGAUCAUCCACCGCGAUAUAAAACCAGAAAACAUUUUGUUAGACUUAAAGUCAAAGGCCCGGUUGGCUGAUUUUGGGCUAGCAGUGUGUAUGGGAAGUUAUGACUCACUGAGUGAGAGAGUUGACAUGUUAGGAUUACCUGCAGGUACUAUUGGGUAUUUAGACCCUAAUUACACUACCCCUUGUAAGCUAAGCACCAAAAACGACGUUUUUAGUUUUGGUGUGGUAUUGCUAGAGAUCAUUAGUGGCACAAAAGCAAUUGAUGUUUCAAGGGAACCCGCUUCAAUAGUGGAAUGGUCACUAGGAUUGACCGAAGAGAACAAAAUAAUGGAUAUAUGUGACAAAAGGGUCAAGAUGUCACGGCAUAUGGAGGGCGUCAUACAAAGUUUGCUGGUUUUAGCUAUACAAUGUGUGUCAUCGGAUGAAGAAUUGCGUCCAUCAAUGACAGAAGUUGUUACCAAGAUGGAAAGAUCUAGAUUUCCGAUAUGGGUAGAUAUGGUACAAAAUCUAGUUCAGUUAAAAAGCAGAAAAAAACAAAGUUCUAAGACGUUCAACACCACGACUAGCACUGAAACUGAAAGCGGCGCUACCACUGUGGUUGGAACCACCUCAAGUGGUCAUAUUGGUGUUACAAAAAGGAAAUUCUUACUGAGAGAAAUAUUAGCAGUUGAUAUUUCCUAAAGUGACUGUACCACUUGUAACAUUUUUGUAAAUUUAUGAUCCUACUAAUUCAACUCAGUUGAGUUUGUACCUUAAAUGGGUCAACACAAUCAAACUGGGAAUAGUUCAAUUAUGAUGCUUGUUAAUUUUAAA